AUGUCAGAGGCUAAGACUAUAUCAUUGUCUUGGGUGCCAAAGCACUUCAUUGACAUGGAAAGGCCUUGGCACUUGUACCUACCAGCUAACUUUCGCCCACCUCCUAUCUUCACGUCUUCAUCGACAGCUUACUUCCGACAGAGAGUCCUCUCUCCUCAUCCUCUUUCAUUACCUAUUAACCAUCCACCAUCAACCAUCAUCAGCAGCGACUCCGGCGACGUCAAGAUGUUCGGGUCUACAAUACACACUAUCUCAGACGAAGCGCUCCGGAUGCUAGAGGAGUCCCAAAUGGCUGGUACGCUGUCAAGUGACCAGAGGAUACGCCGACUGCGCCCCGAGAUCCUAGGCGCUUGUAGUAAUGAGGAGAUUGAAGUACCAGUAUUCCUUGACAGCGUCGAGGCGAUACGAUUCAUAGGCUUCAAGAAAGAAGCUGCUGAACAAAUUCUACAGUGUUUCCACGCAGCGUAUAAUGAGAAGGGCAAGACUAAAACUACAGAUCCACUUAUAGUCCAUGAUCUCACCAGCUUCGCGAAAGGCCAUCUGGAAGGGAAAGGCAAUGCUUGGCUGCCGGACCAUGACUGGAACGGAUCUCUUAAAGCCAUGGGUAUCAGAAAAAGGACGAGGCAGGGCAUAUGCUCAGAGGAUCCGGAAGUCAGUUGCGUUCGAUUCACUAACUCUGCCAAAACAUGGGCCCGUGAGACCAUCGAGGAUAUGUGGAUUUUCUUGACCGCCAUCGACAAGAAUAUCAAGCGAUAUCUGAGGCGGAUACAAAGCGACGUCCAACGGACAAACUGA